UCAAUAAUAUCUAUCUUGCAGCACACUGGAUACAUGUUUGACCAAAACUAUGAAUCCAACAUGGUAACCAGCGGCUAAUUGUUUUUUCAAAGCUUAAAAAUAACAAUUAAAUUAAGAAGCCCUAAUAAAAAUAAGAGGAUAUGAUUUUCUUCUGGCUUUGGGAAACCCUAACCAAAAGCCUUGCCCAUGAUUUGCGUGGCUUUGGCGCCACCGUUCAAACAUGGCGAUACAAACAGCCCCAUUGAAUACGUUCAACUAGGGUUUCCACAUUCUUCGCUACAACGCUGGUAAGAUGUGAAGAUAAUUUAGGAGAAUAUAUGCAACCAUAUAACAUCAGUUAUAACUAGAGUGCACGGCUAGUUUUGGAGUGGGCAAAGUCUGCCAGUAAUUUUAUUGGAAAGAAGCUAAUAAUAUCCAGCCAUGGCAUCUCUUUGUAGAAAGCUAUGCAAGCCAUUUAUUUCUAAUGUAGAAGUCGGCCAGGACAGAAGGUUUUUGAGUGGACACAGGGAGAGGAAGAGGUGGCAACAACCAAGAGCAGCUGUUAUGCAAGACAUGCAUCUUCCUAUGCGGAGCGUUGAAUUGAAAAAUAGCACUCCAGUGGAUGAAAUAAAGAGGCUAAGUUUGAUUACAGCAAUCAAGACUCCAUAUUUACCAGAUGGACGAUUUGAUCUUCAAGCUUAUGAUUCUCUGAUACAUAAGCAAAUUCAAAAUGGGGUGGAGGGUGUCAUUGUUGGGGGAACAACUGGUGAAGGACAACUAAUGAGCUGGGAUGAACAUAUUAUGCUUAUUGGACAUACCGUCAAUUGUUUUGGUGAUGCAAUUAAAGUGAUAGGAAAUACAGGAAGCAAUUCAACAGGAGAGGCAAUCCAUGCAACAGAGCAAGGAUUCGCAGUAGGAAUGCAUGCUGCUCUCCAUAUAAAUCCUUACUAUGGAAAAACAUCACUUGAAGGGCUAGUUCUACAUUUCAAAAGUGUGCUUUGUAUGGGUCCAACUAUCAUAUAUAAUGUCCCUGGCAGGACAGGACAGGAUAUUCCUCCAGUUGUAAUACAUGGGCUUGCUGAUAGUCCAAAUUUUGCAGGUGUUAAAGAAUGUGUUGGAAAUGACCGUGUGAAAGACUAUACAGAAACUGGCAUGGCUGUUUGGAGUGGCAAUGAUGAUCAGUGCCAUGAUGCAAGGUGGGACUAUGGAGCCAAAGGUGUCAUCUCUGUUACAAGUAACUUGAUUCCAGGUUUAAUGCAUGAUCUAAUGUUCAAUGGAAGAGAUGAAACUUUGAACAAAAAGCUACUACCUUUGAUUGAUUGGCUCUUCUGUGAGCCUAAUCCUAUUGGUCUUAAUACAGCUCUGGCACAACUCGGUGUGAUAAGACCUAUAUUUAGGUUGCCAUAUGCACCUCUCCCAUUGGACAAGAGGAUUGAGUUCUGUAAUAUUGUUAAAGAUAUUGGCCGUGAAUAUUUUGUUGGAGAUAAAGAUGUCGAAGUUCUAGACAAUGAUGAUUUCGUUGUCUUAGGUCGGUAUUAGAGAUUUCUAGGUUCUUUUUCAAACAUCAUUUCAAAUAAUAUAGAUAUGUAUGUUAUUCAGAAUUGUCAUGUAAAUUUUAAAAUCAUUUGUGAUUCAUGUAGAGGCAUGACUGGACCAUUAUAACUGUGAAGUUGUUUUUAUUUCUGCUGAAAAUUCAUGUUAGGAUAGGUAACUAGAUAUGGUCUGUCCAAACAAGUCGUGGAUGAUAUACUGUCUGAGGAGGAAGUUAUCAUGAAUUAUUACUUUUAAUUUUA